AUGGCUAACAAGUGUUGUUUUGAGGCCCUUGACAAAUGCUUGAAAGAUAUUAUGGGUAAUGCAGAAAAGCCUUGUGAGCAAAUAUUUGGAGGCAAAAUUGUUGUAUUUGGUGGUGAUUUCAGACAAAUUCUACUUGUUGUGCCUAGAGGUACCCGUUCUGAUAUUGUUCAUUCUACAAUAAAUGCGUCAUAUAUUUUGGGAACAUUGCAAGAUGUGGGAGAUGGGAAAAUUUCAAAACCAAAUGAUGGUUAUGCUGAAAUAACUAUUCCACCAAAAUUUCUAUUAAAGGAUUUUGUGGAUCCAAUUGAGAAAAUUGUAACAAGUACUUAUCCAAACCUACUUGAAAACUUCACAAAUCCAGAAUUCCUCCAAAGUCGAGCAAUCCUAGCUUCAACUAUAGAGAUCGUCGAUGAAAUUAAUGAUUACAUUACAAAUCUUCUUCCAGGUGAUGAGAAGGAGUUUCUAAGUAGUGAUACUAUUGACAGAUCAGAAGCAAAUGAGAAUGAGGCUUUUGAGCAUUUGACUCAAGAAUUUUUAAGCUGUUUGAAAACGUCUGGUUUGCCUAAUCAUUGCUUAAAACUGAAGAUUGACACAACCAUUAUGUUGAUAAGGAAUUUGGAUCAAUUAGAAGGACUUUGCAAUGGUACAAGAUUGACGGUAACAAGGCUAGCAAAUCAUGUGAUUGAGGCUAAGAUUAUUUCAGGUACACAUGUAGGAAACACUAUUUACAUACCUAGAAUGUCUUUGUCUCCUUCGCAAUCCCCUUGGCCAUUCAAACUUAUUAGAAGACAAUUCCCCAUCAUUGUUUCAUUUGAAAUGACAAUGAAUAAAUCUCAAGGUCAAUCAUUAGACUAUGUGGGUUUAUAUUUGCCAAAAGACGUCUUCAGCCAUGAACAACUUUAUGUUGCAAUGUCAAGAGUCAAAAGCAAAGGAGGCUUGAAAAUUUUAAUUCAUGAUAAAGACAAAUUGCCAUUGCAAGUAACAACAAAUGUGGUUUUCAAAUAG